UUCUUAUACUUUGAGCUAUGUGUAUAUACUCAAUUAUUUGGUAGUAAGAUUUUAUCAUAUGGGAUGUUAAUUAGAACUACUUUUUACAUUUCCAAAAUAGUAGUAGUAUCUACUUUUCAUACUCAAAGAAGAAAAGAAGUAAUAAUGUAGUAUGCGUGAUGUAAUAUGUUAUUUUCUAACAGGUGACAGAAGAAAAGAACUUACACUAUACAAAACAUGGAGGCAUGGUUUGUGAUGAUUGUAACAGCAUUCAUUGCUGCUGUGCUGAAGGCUUUGAUAUUGUCAAAAUCCAAGUCAAGUAUUCCUCCAGGACCUAGAGGUUUUCCCAUCAUCAGUCGCAUCCAAUGGGUUAGAAAACCGUCUACAGAAAUGGAAGUAGUCCUCAGAAGACUUUGCUCCAAGUUUGGGCCUAUUGUCACCAUACCUACUGGUCGAUUUCCUUUCAUCUAUAUUUCCAGCCGUUCCUUGGCUUACCAAGCCUUGGUCCACAAUGGGGCUGUAUUUGCUGACCGCCCUAAGCCACUCCCUACAUCUAAGUUAAUGGCCAGUAAUCAGCACAGUAUAACUUCAGCAAGUUAUGGGCCUAAUUGGCGACUCUUUAGACGAAAUCUGACUGCUCAAAUUCUCCACCCUUCCAAGGCUAAGUACUUCUGUGAUGCCCGGAAAUGGGCUCUCGAAAUCCUCAUCAAUCGUCUAACGGUUGAUCAUGGUAACACUGUCAAGGUGAUGGAUCACUUUCGGUUUGCCAUGUUCUGUUUGCUCGUUUUUAUGUGUUUCGGAGAUAAGCUAGACGAAUUCCAGAUCAAAGAGAUUGAAGCAAUUCAACACCAAUCACUGACAUCUAUCAAAUACUUUUCAAUACUCAACGUGUGGCCUUGGUUGACUCGAAUUCUGCUCCACAGUCGGUGGAAUGAAUUGUUCGAAUUGAGGAAGAAACAGGAAGAUCUGUUAAUUCCGAAGAUUAGAGCAAGACAGGAAGAGGAUACUAGAAUCCCUGAUGAUCAGAUUCACGAUAGCAGUAGGUUAGUUACUUGCUAUGUUGAUAGCUUGUUGACACUGGAAAUCCCAGAAAUAGAUAGCAAGAGAAAGCUAACUGAGGAGCAACUAGUGAGUUUUUGCUCUGAGUUUCUUAAUGCUGGCACUGAUACCACCUCAACAGCUUUACAGUGGAUUAUGGCCAAUCUUGUCAAGUACCCGGAAAUUCAGGCUAAGCUUUAUGGGGAAAUCAAAGAAGUUGUCGGAAAACAAGCUGCAGAAGUUGCAGAAGAUGAACUAUCAAAGAUGCCUUAUCUUAAAGCUCUAGUAUUAGAGGGAUUGAGACGACACCCCCCUGGUCAUUUUGUUAUACCACACACUGUUACCCAUGAGACAGAGUUGGGCGGGUAUACGAUUCCCAAAAACGCUAUCAUAAAUUUUAUGGUUGCUGAUAUAAAUUUGAAUCCUGAGGUAUGGGAGAAUCCAAUGCAAUUCAAACCUGAAAGAUUCUUAACAACAGAGGGGAGCUAUGAAGAAUUUGAUCUUACAGGAAGCCGGGAAAUUAAGAUGAUGCCUUUUGGUGCAGGUAGGCGGAUUUGUCCAGGACUCAGCUUGGCCAUACUUCAUAAAGAAGUUCUUAGAACUUCAUAUGAGUUUCAUUUCAAUUAGAAAGAAACGAGAGAAAAGAAUAGAGAGAGAAAGGAGAAUAGGAUUGUAUUAUGAUUGUUGUUACAUUAUUA